AAUUUUUUUCGUUUUGCUGAACUAUUUCGUCAUAUAUAAUAAUAAUCGUCCAUCGUCAUUGCAUACGCAUCAAACGUUUCCUUUUAACAAGCUGCAGCCCUCGGAAAGAACACCUAUCUAGAGGACUUGAGGACAAGAAAAGGAUGGUGGUGACAGUGUCUCUCAAAACCUGGCUGAAAAGGGGAAAACUUGACGCCAAACUUGAAGUGCACGUGGGACAUCCAUCACUCACCAGAAUGUAAAACCUAGUAAGAGGCUAAGGUCAAAUUCAGUAUUCAUAUCUCAAAACAAAACAAUACUACUGAAGCAAGGAUUGCAAAUACCCAUUCCUCUUAGAGAAAGAAAAGAGAUAUAGGGAGAUGGAAGGAGAUAAAGGAACUGUCUGCGUCACAGGAGGAACCGGCUACGUAGGCUCGUGGCUGAUCAAAAUGCUUCUUGAACAAGGUUACUCUGUUCAUACUACUGUUAGAGCUGACCCAGGAAACAAGAGAGACCUUAGCUUCCUCACCAGCUUACCAGGUGCAGAUAAAAAGCUUAAAAUCUUCACGGCAGAUCUUAGUUGUCCUGAGAGUUUCGAUGCAGCCAUUGAGGGAUGCAAAGGAGUUUUCCACGUUGCCGCUCCCAUUGAUUUCCAAGUAGGCGAAACUGAGGCAGUAGUGACACAAAGGGCGAUCAAUGGAGCACUAGGCAUCCUGAAGUCAUGCUUAAGAUCAAAAACAGUGAAGAGAGUCGUCUUCACUUCUAGUAUUGCCGCAGUAUAUUUCAAUAACAAGAAUGUGGACAUGAUGGAUGAGAGUUAUUGGACUGAUGUGGAUUACCUCAGAGAACUUAACUUAAACGUAAGUUCCUAUGCGAUUUCCAAGACCUUGACAGAAAAAGCAGUUAUUGAAUUUGCAGCAGAACAUGGAUUGGAUCUGUUGACGGUCAUUCCUCCUAUGGUUGUCGGUCCCUUCAUUUGUCCAAAGAUGCAGAAUACAGUGCGCUUAGCACUGGCUCCGAUCCUAGGGGGUACGGAUGACGAUAGUCUUCUUCUCAAUGCGGCGAUGGUGCAUAUUGAUGAUUUGUCAAGGGCAUUUAUCUUCCUGCUAGAGCAUCCUGAUGCAAAAGGGAGAUAUAAUUGUUCCUCUGACACAGUAACUAUUGGAAAGAUAGUUGAACUCCUUUCAGCUAAUUAUCCAGAAUACCCUGUUAUACAUUCACUAGCAGAAUUUGAAGGUACUAGAAUGCCUGGUUUGUCAUCAAAGAAACUCCUGGAUUUGGGUUUCAAAUUUAACUGUGGGGUUAAGGAUAUGCAUGAUGGAGCUAUUAAGUGCUGCAAGGAAAAAGGGUUUCUCUGGUAAACAUAAUUAUCGCUCUCUAGCUUGGUUUGAGAUCAUGGAACGAAAUCUAUAAGAACAUAUUUUUCAAUUUGGUACAUUGCAGAGACCAAGGGCUUGAUGACUAUAUGUAUGAUUCAGUCAGCUGAGGUAUAUGAAGAUGCAGUGCUUCCUUUGAAGAUUUUAGGAUUCUAAAGAAGGCAGCAACUCAUUAUUUUUGGUCUAAUAACAGGAAUAUUAAUGUAUUUUCUGCUGGAUUUUCAUGUUUUGAUGCUUGUGUUUUGCUGAAGUAUAUAUGGACUUCAUUAUUGUAGUUUGGUUGAAGCCAAGUUUCUUUCUCAACGUUGAGCAAUAAAUAAUUAAGAAAAAUAAAUUCGACGUCCAAGCCAAUAUAUAACAUUGAUAAAAAAAAAAAGAAUGCAUACCUCCAAAGGUGAAGUUUAAACUA